CUGUGCAAUUGAACAGGCGUCGCCAUCCUGUUCGAUUGCACAGGCCGUCCAUUUCCUGUGCAAUUGAACAGGCGUCGCUAUCCUGUUCGAUUGCACAGGAAAUUGGACGUUUUUGAAUUCAGGCCAAAAAAAUGGCUGGCCUUGCUCUCAAUCUGCAGGCAUCCUAUCCUCCCUGUUCAUAUGCACAGGCUGUAUGUAGUGCUCUCUACCCCCUGUCAAUCGUGUACUCUCUCUUCUAGCGCAGCCAGCCAGCCACAGACGUAAACAUGAAGCUUUUUUUGCCCAUUGCUAUUGCCUUGGCUUACUUGCCGGCUGCAGUCCUAGCUGCUGACACCGGCAAGACUGUGUUAUACAAAAACGAUUUCGAGCACCCAAUUUCGGGUCAUGUCCCCGUUCAGACCACCGAUGGAUGCACCUGGGUGGGCACCGCUCACCCCUAUAUAAAUCCUGUCUAUGGAGGUCAAGGAGGACCGGAUUAUUCACAGACGACUCAUGGUACUGGUGAAUUCAAGCAAGUCAACACAGUUGAGGUCAACACGAUCUCCGGCGGCCAGCCUUUUAAGGGUACGGACAACUCACUACUGGGGACCUACUAUGAGACUCCUCCUGGAACGGGCGGCAAGUAUUCGAUUGGAGCGGCAAACUAUGAUGAACUGACUUUGGAUUUUAAUGGCAUUGCCGGCCAAGAGUUCUUCACUAUCGAGAUGGAUAUGGCCCAGAUGAUCACGUCUCCGAAGUGCGAGAACAAUGCGAAUACGAAUCGCACGAUUGAUGUUCCCACCAUGACUCUCACGUUGCUUCAAGAUGAUGAUCGCAAUGGAUGUACCGGAUCUUGCAAUACCGCUGCAACCAUCAACCAGGGCUGGGAGCGGGUGGACUCGAAAAUUGUAACGGGUACAGCCCCUUCGACAUCGUGGGAGUUCAAAUGGACUAGAGUUCAAGCAACCUUCGAUACCAAGGGACACACGAAUUUGAGAAUUCAUUUCAAAGGAAGCCGCUACUACACCUUGAUUGACAACAUCGAGAUCUACGUGACGACUACUUCUCCGCCAACGAAAGCGCCCACACCCCCCCCUACUUCUCCACCAUCGAAAGCGCCCACACCUGCUAAUGUGCCAGCGAAGACAGCGUCUAGCAAUGGUGAUCCACAUUUCAAGACUUGGACUGGUGAGAAGUUUGACUUCCACGGCCAAUGCGACCUUGUAUUACUCUCCGACCCUUUCUUUGCCAACGAAUUGGGCCUCACUAUUCAUAUUCGCACCAAGAUCACUGAUUGGUGGUCCUAUAUUGAGAGCGCUGUCAUCCAGCUAGGAGACCAAUCGCUGGAACUGACCGGGGGCUCCAAUGGAGACGAUCCUGUGUAUUGGGUGAAUGGUGUGCCUGGCACUUCAACCGCUGUAGAAGCUCUCGAGACGAAAUUGGCAUCCAUCAUUCCCGGUUUCAAGGUUCACUACAAGCACAUCAGUGCCGUUCAACACAAGUUUCGAAUUGAUCUAAACCUUCAGGGGGAUGCCCUCAGUUUGGAAACAUACAAAGAUUGGAUUGCCGUCAACGUGAAGGCCAAUAAGGAAGAGCACUUUUCUGGCACUCUGGGUUUGAUGGGUGCCUUCCCAUCUGGAAGAAAGGUCGCUCGCGAUGGAACGACGGUGAUUGAAGAUCCCAUUGAAUUUGGAAAACAUUGGCAGGUUCAACUGAAUGAACCCAUGUUGUUCCAUUCCGAAUUGGGCACCGUCCAGGCGCCUGAAGAAUGCGCCAUGCCCUCCGAGAGCACCAUGAAAUCUCGCAAGCGCCGACUUGGAGAAUCCAAAAUGACCAUGGAAGCUGCCAAACUUGCCUGUGGCAGGGUUGAUCCCAGCAACCUAGACUCUUGUGUCUUUGAUGUCUUGGCAACCCAGGAUAAGGGCGUAGCUGGUGCCUAUUGAGCUUAGAUUGAAUGAAGAAGACGAAGAAAGAAGCACGAAAACCCUUAGCAAAUCGUGUGGCGGAAAAUUAGGAUACAUGGAAGAAGAAGAAGCAUGAAGCAUUUUCAUCAUAAUAUUGUCGCCGACUUUGGGGCAUGUUCGCUUCAGCGACCAGACCCCUUAGCAAAUCAGUGUGGCGGAACUUAGGAUACAUGGAUACAAGUAGUAGCAAACUAAAAGAGAUCAUUUACUCGCAGGAGUACUUGCA